AUGGACCACAUCACGGUACAUGAUGCCUUACUUGCCUUCGGUGGAACCCUCAAGCGAACCAAGUGCAAUAUGUUCUUACCCCAAUUAAUCCACUGCCCUCCUGAAACCCUCUUCAUGAUUGCUAGAACCCAAGUGAUGUGUUCUUCAUCUGCUCGAACCAUCAACAUCCUUCGUUUUGGACACCAUGGAGAUGAUGAACAAUGCCCCCCAUGUAAGUGUAAAAAUGGUAUCAGCUUCAAAAGAACCGCCUGGACUAACGAUAACCCAGUUCGUAGGUUUUGGGACUACAAAAAUUUGAUGUCAAGUGAAAGACCAAGAUGUGAAAUUUUCAAGUGGAAAGACAAGGAUAUAGAAGAGGGGUAUUACAAAGACCAGAUUCGUAAGAUGAGGUAUGAGCUAUGA